AUGACAGUAAUUCAAAAAGCUAAAGAUCUCAUCAAGCUAUCCCUAGAAGAGCUCAUUGAUUCACUCAUGACGUAUGAGUUGAACUUGGCACGAAAGGAGGAAGAAGAGGAGCCUAAGAGGAAGACCAUAACUUUCAAGUCCACUAUCAAUUUUGAAGGAAGCGAUGAGUCAGAGGAAGAUGAAGAAGAAGAAAGUGAAGAGGAUGAUAAGGACAUAAUUCUACUUUCAAAAAAGUUCAAAAAAGCAAGAGUUUGCAUGGAAAGAAGGAGGCAAUUUGCCAAGAAGAAGAAAGCAAUCCGCCCCCCUUUCAAGGCGCCAACCAUGAGCAAUAGCAUUAAAGUAGAUUUUGAGAAGUUUAAUGGAAAAGAUAGUUUCUCAAUGUGGAAGGUCACAGUGGAGGAUCUCUUGGUCCAAAGCGAAUUGGAUCUGACCUUGGAGGAUAGGCUGGAGGAUGAUCCAUUGGUGACAACUUUGCUCUAUGGAAAGGAGACACUACACUAUGAGGAAGUAGUUUCAGUACAUAGGCCUGGAAGAGAGAGGGAAAGGAGCAAGCAAAGGGGGCGGUCCAAGUCCCGAAAAGGUGUGAUUCCUGCAACUAUUGGGAAGCUUCAGAAACUUCAGAUCUUGUGCUUAAACGAGAACCAACUCACAGGAGCUCUUCCAUCCUCUCUCGGUGACCUAUCGCAGUUACUUGAGCUACAUUUAGAUCGAAACAGUCUGGAAGGAGGAAUACCCUCGAGUUUUGGGAAGCUACAAAAGUUGCUCCUCUUGGAUCUCUCACACAAUAAGCUUUAUGGCUCCUUUCCCAAGGAAAUAACAAACCUUGCUUCCCUGACAAGCUAUCUUAACUUGUCACACAACUCACUGAUUGGGCCCCUACCAUCAGAAAUUGGCAGACUGAAGAACCUUGGAACAUUGGAUCUUUCCGAGAACAAUUUGUCAGGAGAGAUUCCCGGCACUCUCUUAGAAUGUCAGGUCCUGCAAUACCUCUACAUGCAAGGCAACCAUUUUCAGGGGGCCAUUCCAACUUCUUUGAGCUCUUCGAAUAGUAUCACAGUACUAGAUCUUUCUCGCAAUAACUUGUCCGGCUCCAUUCCAGAAUCUUUUGAGGGCUGUCAGCAUCUGCAGCUUUUGAAUCUCUCAUUCAAUGAUCUCGAUGGCCGAGUACCAAAUGCAGGGAUCUUUCUGAAUGCAAGCUUGGUGUCGGUCAUCGGAAACCGCAACCUAUGUGGAGAAAACCGUGAGUUAGACUUGCAAACAUGUCCCAACCAAGAGUUCAGGAAACCACAUGAGUCUCAUGCACUCAGAGUAGUCAUCAUCACAACUGGAAUUGUGGUACCUCUAGUUGUAGUGUUCUUGUGUGCCAUUAGACUACGAAAGCCAAGGAGUAAGAUAUCUUCACCUCUGCUCCCCUUAGAGGGCAAUUAUCAAAAGACCACUUUUGCUGAGCUAGCCAGAGCAACUGAUGGGUUCUCUGCGGCUAAUCUAAUUGGUGAGGGAAGCUUUGGUUGUGUGUACAGGGGAGUGGUGAAUUUUGAGCCAAAGGAGGUUGCUAUUAAGCUAUUCCAUCAUCAUCAACGAGGGGCUUUAAAGAUCUUUCAAGCUGAAUGCAGAAUCUUGAGAAGCAUUCGGCAUCGAAACCUCCUUAAGAUCUUGACUGCCUGCUCUAGCCUCGAUCGCAAUGGUAGUGUUUUCUUGGCUCUUGUUACUGAGUUCAUGCCAAAUGGGAGUUUAGAUAAAUGGCUGCACCCGAGAGUGGAUGGAGAGGAGGUGUCGCAUAGGUUGACCCUUCUUCAAAGAAUGAGCAUAGCAAUCGACGUGGCUUCGGCUUUGGACUAUCUCCAUCACUACAGUGGCACACCAAUUGUUCAUUGCGAUUUGAAGCCAAGCAAUAUUCUUCUCGACGAGGAUAUGGUUGCUCAUGUGUGUGACUUUGGACUUGCAAAAUUUUUGAUGAGGCCUUCCGGUGGGGAUUCCUCUCCAACGACAAGCCACACUACUGGAAUAAAAGGAUCCAUUGGAUAUGUUGCUCCAGAGUAUGGCAUGGGCAGCAAAGUCUCUACUCAAGGGGAUGUGUACAGUUAUGGAAUACUUUUGCUGGAGAUGUUAACUGGACUAAGACCCACUGAUGAUAGAUUUAAAGAUGGUCUAGACCUUCAUAGUUUUGUAAAGAUGGCAUAUCCUCAACAUGUAAUGGAUAUACUAGACCCGGCUCUACUCCUGGACGAGGAGAAUGGAAUAAAUAUAUCCUCUUGUCAAAGUGCAGUCACUGCAAGCGAGGAAGCUCAGAAUUGCUUGCUAUCAAUCAUUAAAAUUGGUCUCUGGUGUGCAGAGAAAUUGCCACAACAACGAAUGAAGUUGGGAGACGUCAUCAAAAUAAUGCACGCCGCUAGGGAGACACAUCUAAGAGAUUCUCUUUCUGAGAAUCCAAAAAUAUGUCCAUUGAACAACCACAAUGCAUCUUCUUGA